ACCACUAGGUGGCGCCAAAGAGCACGAAGCGCUUCAUUUGAUUCGGAUCAAACCUUCAAUUGAUAGUUCAAUUGACGAGGCAUCACUUUCCCCAUCACUACUCUUUUUUUAAAAAAAAAAAACUGCUACGAUUAGCAAGGGAUAACAGUUACAACAAUAAGCGUCUGACUGUGUUUGCUUUCGCAUGCGUUUUUUUCCCGUGGUCGCCAUUCUGUGUCCGAGCUGCAUGCUCGAAGCGGACCCCACUGAGCCAAAAUGGCUCCAGUUUCACAGCCUGCGCGGUUUCCUGCGCAUAGGAAACAUUAAUAAAUACUAAAUAAACAGGGCUUACCUGAUUCCUGUAUACCCUACCUGCCGACCAGGUGUUAUAAGUCACAUUUACCUCGCUCAAAAACAGUUUUAUAUACUAUAAAGGCUUUGGAAACGGGCACACCUUUGCCUAGGGUCACAUAUUAUGUAUGUAAACAAUGCCUUUAUUUUUUUGUUUUGCGGGGUGAGUUUGCUGGCAACGAGGCACGUCUACCUAGGCGAGAUCUUGCCAGAGGGUGUUAGUUUGGCCGGGGACGGUUUUGCAGCGAAGGUUUCGGUCGGGUUUUUUGAUUUAAAUCGUUUUGUUUGACCUUCUUGUCGCGCCGCGCCAAUCCCCGGGCAGGCGGGUAAGAGUUCAGAGGCUGUUCGGAGGCCCGAGUUGCUUCUCCCGGCGGUCUGGCUGAACGGGAUGGGCGACAGCCGAGACUGUAGAAGUCCAGACAGUUCUUCGGUCAGCUCUCCUGCAGCCCAGCGCAGCCCCCCCCUGCCUCCCCUCCCCCCCGCUGCCAUGACCUCAUCGCUGAACUCUCCAAUCAGCAGCCUGGGGUCUCCCUUCUCUGUCAUCAGCUCCUCCAUUGGCUCUCCUAGCCUGCCCAGCACCCCUUCUAUCGGCUACGGACCUAUCAGCAGCCCCCAGAUUAACUCCACAGUCAGCAUGUCGGGGCGCCACGCUGUCAGCAGCUCGGAUGACGUCAAGCCCCCCUUUGGACUCAAGGGCGUGCCAGCGCACAGCCCGGGACCCAUGACGUCACAGAAACGGCUCUGCGCGAUCUGUGGGGACAGGUCCUCGGGUAAGCACUAUGGUGUGUACAGCUGCGAAGGCUGUAAGGGUUUCUUCAAGCGCACAGUGCGGAAGGACCUCACCUACACCUGCAGAGACAACAAGGACUGCCUGGUGGACAAGCGGCAGAGGAACCGGUGCCAGUACUGCCGCUACCAGAAAUGCCUGGCCAUGGGCAUGAAGAGGGAAGUUGUCCAAGAUGAACGACAGCGCACUGUGCAGGAGGAGAGGCAGCGCAAUAAGGAGAAGGAGGGCGAGGUGGAGUCCACCAGCGGGUUGAACGAGGAGAUGCCAGUGGAGAAGAUCCUGGAUGCAGAGAUGGCCGUGGAGCAGAAAACAGAGCUGCAUGCCGAUGGCACAGCCAGCACAGCAAACUCUCCCAAUGACCCCGUCACUAAUAUCUGCCAGGCGGCUGACAAGCAGCUCUUCACCCUGGUGGAGUGGGCCAAGAGGAUCCCUCACUUCUCAGAGCUGCCGCUGGACGACCAGGUCAUCCUGCUCAGAGCAGGCUGGAACGAGUUGCUCAUUGCCUCGUUCUCUCAUCGCUCCAUCACUGUGAAGGACGGUAUUUUGCUGGCGACUGGUUUACAUGUGCAUCGGAACAGCGCGCACAGCGCUGGAGUGGGGGCCAUCUUUGACAGGGUGCUGACUGAGCUCGUCUCCAAGAUGAGAGACAUGCAGAUGGACAAGACUGAGCUAGGCUGCCUGCGAGCCAUCAUACUAUUCAACCCAGAUGCGAAGGGGCUGUCUAACCCCAGUGAGGUGGAGCUGCUGAGAGAGAAGGUCUACGCUUCCCUGGAGUCCUACUGCAAGCAGAGAUACCCAGACCAGCAGGGCAGGUUCGCUAAGCUCCUCCUCCGCCUGCCAGCGCUGCGCUCGAUUGGUCUGAAAUGCCUGGAGCACCUGUUCUUCUUCAAGCUGAUUGGAGACACUCCCAUCGACACCUUCCUCAUGGAGAUGCUGGAGGCACCACACCAGCUCACGUAGAGGAGAGAGUGAGAGAGACCGCCAUUCAGGGCUGGACAUGACGGAGCUCCAGCAAUCAACCAAGACUGAAGAAGCUGCCACGCACAAAAAGAUUCGUUCCACCUGUUUUGCAUCUCCAUUACACGGCUUGAGACUCCUGCACCCAGUCCUGAGGUUCAGAACUCCCCUCAAUGAAGUCUAUUACUGAAAUGAUCAGGAGCCAGGAGUUUGAGCAAGGUUAGAAACUCACACUAGCCCUACUGUACCCAGUCCUGGGUUUCAGGACUCAAUAUAUUAAUGUGAUCAGAUGUUAAAUGGUUCUAGUAACCCUCCAGACUCGCAGAUGAGACGAUGUGAUGAGAAUCAGUUCACUCAGAGCAGAUUCGCCAGUGGCUUCGUUUCUCAACCUCCUGCACCUCCCUGCUCAUUUCAAUAACACACCUGAGCAAGGGGAGCCCAUUCGCUAGAUGACUCUCGGACUGUCUUGAAACAAACGUGUCAGAGAAAACCGGUAUUUCCAUUUUGAAGCGUCUGAUGCAACGGCAGGUUAAAAGGAGUCUCUGUUUGCGUGCCUUGGACUCAGGAAAUCUCUUACACUUGGACCUCCUCGGUCAGUAGUGGCUUGAGGGAGGAUUGUUGUCACCCUGCAGCUGACCAUGGAAGUGAAACACUAUCCAAAAGCAGCAAGGCUUGUGCAAACGGAUUUCUUUACCCCACGGUAGUGCCUGAUGUUUUGCAAUGAAAGUCCCAUGUUUACUGGAAUGCGUUUUUCUUCAGAGCUGCACGAUUCAGAACUGUGGAACUAAUUAGUGCAAAAAAGAUUGGUGGAUUUGUUUUGUCAGUGGCGAUCACUUUCAGCACGAAAUACCAAUAAGCAACCUUAUCUACAGAAUGAUUUUAACCAAAAAUGGAGAGAGACAGAGAGAGGGGGGAGGAAAGAGGAGGGUCCUUGCUUGCAAUGUGGAAUUAGAACAACUUCCUAAUUUCUAAGUUUACAAAAUGGGCCUGGCAAUAUUUUUUUUUUUAUGAUGGCUGCUGCUUGCAAUAACAGAUGGAACUGCCCACAUUUUAUAUACAAUAAAAACAAUAGUCAUUUUAUAUGAAAGACUUCAAAUAAUGUGAUGCAGAGACAUUUUGUAGAAGACUUUAAACAAAACCGAGAGACAAACUAUGAGAUUUGAACUCUGAGCUUCUGUUAAAUAAACUGCAAUUUGGGUUGUACUUUUGAGUUUCAUUUUUAUUCAGCAGAACAAAGUUUAUGAACGAGAGGAGGCCAUUCAGCCCAACAGAGCUCACCCAGUUCCUAGUAGCUGAUUCAUUUCAAAAGGAUACCAGAGAUUCAGCAUCAGUUACAUGACUCAGUAACCCUUGGAAACCCAUUCCAUCCCCUCUCCCCUUUCCCGUCUCUGUGAUGCAAUGCAUUCUCAGUUUCAUCAACUAAACUAUGAAGGGCCUGUGUGAAAAACACAUUUGGAAAUCAAAAGGUGUGACUUCAUUAAAACCAGUCUUCUGUUCAACCAUGUGAAAGAACUUCUUUGAAUUCUCUCUCUCUCUCUCUCCUCUCUCUCUCUCUCUCUCUCUCUCUCUCUCUCUCUCUCUC